AUGAUUACAGAAAAUAUUGAUAAAAAAUAUCCACAGAAAAAGCAGUACUCAGACCUUUCAGCAGUUCGUGCAGCAUGCUUAUUUGUGGUAAAAGCUUUAAAUAAGCUUGUAGAAGAGAUGAAUAAUCAGGUCUACUUUGACUUUGAUCAAAAUGGCUUGAUUUUAAGAGCCACUGAUAAAGAUUCAUUGCAAAGAGCUAGUAAUAAAUUAGAGCACUGGAAAGAAUAAACUUCGAUAGGUAUUUUGACAGAUAGCAUUUCUAAAGAAGAUUAUAAAAAAUUUAUAGACUCAGACUUGCAGUCACUUCUCCGUUAAGAGAGAGCAUUUAUAAAUGUAAUAUCUUUUGAUAAAUUCUUAGCAGCAUGCGAGUUUUUAGAGAAAAAAGGCUACAAAGAGCCUCGCUAGAUGUAUGAAGAAAUAUAAGCAGAAAAAAAGAAUUUUGCACUCUUGAUGUGUACAAAGCAUAGAUUUAAAGAAAUAAAGGAAAGGAUCGAGGCAAUGCUAGAGCCAUUAAGAAAAAUAAAAAAGAAAAAGAAAAUCACUUCAUCUUUAAAGCUAGCAUCUACAUGGGAUGAUGUUGAUGACAUAUCAAUAGGGACUCAGGCAUUAAAGCAGGAAAAAGAUAAUGUAGUUUAGCCAUUAGAUACCAUAGGAUUUCAGUAAGUAAAGAAGAUAGACUAAUAGGAAAAUGAAGAAUUAGCAAAGGAAGAAUAUAAGAAAGAAUUAUAGUAUAAAAUAAAAGAGUCUACUAUUUAUGAAAUUGUGGUUUUAGAAAUAGAGCAAUGGCUUAACUAUUUUCCUGAGAUACUUCAGAUUUUAGAGGAAAGCGAGAAAAUUAAAAAAUAGGAUGAUGAAAAAAAUUUUAACAUAUAACUAAUUAGCCAACAUUUUUAAGCAGAAGAAACUAAUUAAAAUCACUAUAUUAAUAAUAAUAGCAGCUUUACUUCAUAAAUAGAAGUAGGAUUUUUGCAGUUAAAAAUUUUAAAAGAAACAUUGUCGAAUGAGUAAAUAAAGUUAAUUGAUAAGAUAAAAUUAAAAUGUGGGUCAUAUUUAGAUCAUAUAUUAUAAAAUAAGCCAAAGGAAUUUGUAAAUUAUUUAUUUAGUGAAAUGGAGCCAGAAGAGAGAGAGUAUUUUUAAGUACACACACUUAGAUAAUUAUUAAAUGACACAACUAUUCUAAUUGAUAAUUACCAAUCCAAGCCCUAGAUUUCUUAAAUGAGUACUCGAAAAAGAAAUAUUAUAUUCAAUUUAAAAAAAUAUAUAGAAAAAUUUAAGGAAGAUUAGUUAGUGGUUAUAGAAAAUGAUGGGACCAUAUAUAAUUAAUACUUCCUCAUAGGAAUAAAAAAUAUUCAUAAAUUAUUUGCAGAAACUGUCGAUAGGACUGAAAUGAUGUUUGCAAAAGCUUGUGCAACCAACUUCAGCAACUAAAAUCACAAUAAUAGGCAUCAUAGUGAGUCUGAUAGUGAGCACUUAGAUCAUUAUGAAAGUAGAAAAUACAGCUUAAAUGGAAAUGAUUUAAUUUAAAUCAAUGAACCUAGUAAUAACGAUUAAAUAAAUUAGCAUAAUGGUAAUAAUUAAAAUCACUAAAAUUAGUUUAACAGCCAAAAUUACCAUCACAACCAUAAUCAUCAUAAUAAAAAUGCAAAUAAUUCCUUUUAACAAGAUAUAGAAAUGUAAAUUUAUAAAGCAGCUGUACUCUUUUUAUAGAUAAAUUCAAAUUAGAUUAAUAGCAGUAAUGGUAACAACAGUAAUCCUCCAGCCUAGUUAUAAUAAGAUGAAAUAGCUUUGACAUAGGUUGAAUCUUCAUAACUAAUUCCUCAUAAAAGUAAAAUAAACUCAGUUGAAUUCUAAAAUCAUCCUUAUUAUUUAAAGAAAUUCUAAGAAUAAGUACUAGAAUAUGUAAUUGAGAUAGCUUAAAAAAAUAAAAUGUUUUCAAGUAACAGUUGUAUUAAAUACCAUAAGAUUAUAUAAAUAAAUUCUCCUUAACAGACCCAAGAUAUUGAUUAAUCCCAAUAGAAUUAUAAAAAAGAGUUCGGUAUUUUAAUGGAUAGAAAAGAAUUUUGCUUAAAAUACUUAAUAGAAGAAGGUUUUUUAUUUUCGGUUUAUCAAUAAAUUGAUAUUUCUAUGAAAAUAGUUAAAUGCUUACACGAAUUACACAAUUAAAGAGAAAAAAGAGGAGCACACUGCAAUUUAAAACCUAAUAACAUAAUGCUUGAUAUGACUUAUAAUGUAUAUCUAAGCGAUAUGGGAAUUGACCCAAAAAAGAAUGCAAGUUACUAUUACUAAUUUGAGAAUAACUACUAAAAUUCACUUAUCAUUCUUAAAAAUAAACUUAAAAACUAGUUUUUAAAAACAACAGAUUAAAUUAUUUAAACAAGUAUUGAGAGUUAUAAAAAUCAACAUCCAAAUUUCGGAGUCAAUAAUUAAAAUUAGAAUGUAUAAAACUUUACGCCUGAUGCACAAUUUAAAUAAGCAUUCACAUAAAACUAGAAUAUAUUUCUUAAUCAACUAGCUGAUUUAUAAGCGCUAGGUCUUAUUUUAUAUGAAAUAUUUACAGGGCAAUCAAUAUCUGCUGAAAAUUAUUUUCUUAAAAAUCACAGAUAAUUUAUAAAGAGAACUUCUCAAGAAAGUCCUACUCCCACCUUAAAAAUGAUUUUCUCUAUUAUAUUUAACUUGCUAGAACUUUAAAUAACUUCAACCGAAGAAAUUAUUCCUCAACUUUAAGAAAUACUUAACAAAUUCUGA